UAAAAACAGCGUUUCUGUUUUGUUUUCGGCAACGAUCACAUGCCUACCUGUUUGUGACUCCAUUAUUAUCACCAUACAAUUGGUUUCACCUAACAUCCGCUGGAUUUAAGAUAAACAAAUUGAUACGUUAAGGUGUUUCUAAUAGUUUAUCAGGCCAAGUCCAUGGUAACUAAAUAGCCUUUCUUAGAUUACAAUCGGUUGAUGAACAGCAUGCCUUCUCGUGUUGAGGACUACGAAGUCUUGCAUACGAUAGGAUCUGGUUCUUAUGGCAAAUGUCAGAAAAUAAUAAGGAAAUCUGACGAAAAGCUUCUGGUGUGGAAGGAGCUUGAUUACGGAAGCAUGGGCGAGAACGAAAAGCAAAUGCUCGUCUCAGAGGUUAACCUCUUGCGGGAACUUAAGCAUCCAAACAUAGUACGGUACUACGACCGCAUCAUCGACAGGACAAACACCACACUAUACAUUGUCAUGGAGUACUGUGAAGGCGGCGACCUCUCCACUCUUGUCGCCAAGUGCAUCAAGGAAAGGCGCUAUCUGGAGGAGCAGUUUGUCCUGCGGGUCAUGGCCCAGCUCAUGCUGGCCCUGAAGGAGUGCCACCGGCGCAGCGACGGUGGCGCCACUGUGCUGCACCGGGACCUGAAGCCCGCCAACAUCUUCCUGGACGUCAAGCAGAACGUCAAGCUGGGAGACUUUGGACUCGCUAGGAUCCUAAACCAUGACACCAGUUUCGCAAAGACCUUUGUCGGCACGCCUUACUACAUGUCUCCUGAACAAAUCAACCGGAUGUCUUACAACGAGAAGUCAGACAUUUGGUCUCUCGGCUGUUUGCUGUAUGAACUUUGCGCUCUAUCACCUCCCUUUACUGCUUACAACCAGAAGGAGCUGGCAGAGAAGAUCCGCAAGGGCCAGUUCACAAGGAUCCCUUACCGGUACUCUGACGGGCUCAACGCCCUGCUGACCCGAAUGCUCCAUUUAAAGGACUACCUGAGGCCCUCGGUGGAGUCCAUCCUCCAGAGCAGCCUGCUGGCCGACACGGUGGGGGAGGAGCGGCGGAAGGCGCUGGUGCGGGUCCGCAGGAAGUCCACAGAGUGCGUGGCCGCCGCGCCCCAGGCCGCCGCGUCCCGGGUUGCCAUGCCGGAACCGGCCUCGGAGCUCCGACUCAAGGAGCGGGUCUUACGAGACAGGGAGCAGGCCCUCAAGGAACGAGAGGAGAGGCUGGAGCAGCGGGAGCAGGAGCUGUGUGUCCGCGAACGACUGUCUGACGUGAAGCUUGCGAGAGCGGAGAGUUUGCUGAAGAACUACAACCUCUUGCGGCAGGCGAAGGGCCUGGCCGGGCCGUACUCUAAGGAGAUAGAUCUGGACGAGGACUGCUCCCCUGGCAAGAAAAAGGUCCACUUUGCAAGACGCAGUCAGGAGAACCAGGGCCCUGGCAGCAGAGACUCCCUGCGCUGCCAGGAGCUGGUCCUGAAGAAGAGGCUGCAGGCGGCCGACUCACGGGCCCAGGCCCUGGGGGAGGUGGAGCGGGCGUACCAAAGGAGCAGGCAGUUCCUGGGGAUCCGCUAAGACCAGGCCACCAAAAUAACAAUGUGAAGACUACUGAAUCAAAUCAAAGGGCCCUGGGUUACCAUGGCUUGACAGGGAACUCGUUUUGAUCUUUAUUUAUUUGUAACAUAGGACCUUAGUGGUGAAGACAGUGCAGAAGACUGAACCCAAAUAAUUUCACAUUUCAAUGUUUGAAGUUUUCUUUUCUUUGAAUUUUCCUUUUUCAUUCCAUUGUGUGCUCAUGUCUGUGGAUGUCUGAUGCAUUUUAGAUGACCUCCUCUGACUUUUUAGGCCUUUUUAUAAAUAUUACUCUCUGGGUUUGAAGGGUGUCGGUUGGAUGUGAAUUAUAUUCCGAGUGCGUUUGUGUGUAUGUGGUUUCCAUUAAAGAAACCUAGAAUGUUUCAAACUUGUUUGGAUUUAAGAGAGAUAAAGAUCCAUUAUGAAAGGUCAGAUUUAACCUAACCAAAUGUAUUGGUGUCAUGUCCAAAUUAAUAUAACAACUAAUUUUCUAACUUUAAUUUCCAGGUCUUCUUCCUAAUAGGAUACAAGAGUAUUAGCGAGCAGGGGUGUUUCUAGGUUUCUGAAAUAUCCGGGGCUUAGCCCAGAGGGAAAGGGCAAUUUUUUUUGUAUGCUUUAUUGCAAAUGCACAUUUUUCCAUAAUGUUUUACAUAAAUACACAAAAUACACAGUUUAUUAUAGCUUUAAAUAGC